AUGCCCAUCAAUUUUGAAGAAAACAUACCAUCGAUUAUGUUGCAGCAAGUGUGCCGACCUCGAAAGCAAGUUGAUGAGAUAUCACUAGCUGCUGCCUCAUCAAACUUUAGAGUUGCCAAAGAUGUAGUUGACUAUAAUUUGUUGGAUGAUGAGAUUUCGAAUUUGU